AUGUCGGCUCAUUCCACUGCCGUCAACGCAUAUAACGUUAACCACGGUGCCUACGAUGCCUACCGGCCUGCCUACGACGCCAAAAUCGUCGACCCUUUCCUCGUGGAGCUUGGCCUCGCCUCGGAAAAUCCCGAAGGUCACAUCGUGCCCAAUCUUAACAAACUGAUCCUAGAAGUGGCCGUGGGGACGGGUAAAUUCACCCGCAAUUUGAUUGGCCACGGUUGGGGCCACGGCACGUUGAAAGUGAUGGACCCGUCGAAGGGGAUGUUGGCUCUGUGUCGCGAGAACUUCCCCGAGCUCGGCGCCGACGAUAUUUUACUCGGUGACUCCUACCAUUUACCAGUGCCUGAUAACUCGGUCGACGCCGUGAUUAUCGCUCAGGCGUUCCAUUGGUUUGCUGAUGAUGCUAGUCUUAAGGAAAUCCAGCGGGUGUUAAAGCCCGAAGGGAAAUUAGGGUGUAUAUGGAACUUUGAGUACGCUAACCCUCUGGCCGAGGUUGAUAGUACUAAUGUUCGCUAUAUUGAUGGUGGCGCACAUGACUUUAGUCACGUGACUAGUCAAGGUACUACGGCUAAGCAAGUAUUUGCCAAUUACUUUGACCCGGCGACGUGGCUGAAGCGGUGCUGCGAGUAUAUCUACCUGCUUGAAGGCGGUGUGCCCCAAUACCGUAAAGGCGAAUGGCGAGCGAUUUUCAAGGAUAACCAGUACUUCCAAAUUACGCCGCCAGAAUUGUUUUUGCUUGGGACUAACGUUCACAGCGACGAUGACGUCAUCGAGUACUGGAUGACGCGGCUGUUCAUCACAAAAUUACCUCCAGACGACCAGGAACAGGUCAGACGCCACCUCAAACAGAUUCUCGACGAAACCACCGCCGGACUCGACCGGUCCCACCUCGUAAAACCGGUGGGAGCGCACGCGGUGGUGUGUGCUCAACGCACUUAA